GCAGAUACCGUUGAGGACCAGUUUACCAGAACUAAAGACCGAAUUGUGAUGUUUUGUGUUGUGUCGGUGGUUAAUCCGUGAAACAUGGAUGUGAACAGCAAAAUCGAUAGUAAUUACGAUAAUAACGAUAAUUACGACGUUUCAAUUAAUAUACCAGAGGUUAAGCUUCGGCCUGAAAGAGGUUUGUGCAAUGGACUGUCAUCUGAAGAAACCUUAAUUAUUGAACCUGAAAUGACCAAAGUAAUUAUAGCUGAAAGCGCUGCUUCCAGAAAAAGUCGAAGGCAAGAUGAAAAAGGAAAGGAUAGCGACUCUGGCAAUAGUGAGCACGAAACUGAAAAAAACUUUGACGAAUUGGACGGGCCCGACAAAAAAAUGCGUCUUGUAGAAGAGGAAAUGUCACUUCCUGAAGAAAUAGAAAUUGAAGAGGCAGAAAGCAAAAAGGUCAACAGUUUUGCUGCUAAAAAGACAGUUGCACAAGGUAUGAUGGACAUAGCCCUGAUUACAGCCAACGCGAAUCAACUCCGCUACAUAAUAGAAUUUAAUAGCAAGAGUUCGACAUUCUAUCUGAUCGUCAUUCUAAUAUCGUUUUCACUGGUGCUACAAGUUGGCGUUGGAAUGGCGUUAAUAUUUAAGGGAAGGUUGGAUAUCAAAGGCCGAUCGAAAGACCCGGAUGCAAAGAGGAUAAACAACUACGUUGUCGUUGCCAUCUUCCUCGUCACCAUCAUCAAUGUCUUCAUAGCUAGCUUCACAGUUACCGGAAAUAAUAACAAUGUAUAAGAAUGCGGUUUGGGUUAACUAUUUUUAACAAAUAUAAUUAAAAUAAUAAUACACAUGUCUGUAUAUAUUUAUAAUUUUUUAUUAAAUAGUUA